AAACAGGCCUCGCCCACAGUUCCUGGCUGCUCUCCAACCAGCAAGAGUGGAGCCAACGCAGUUCUGUGACUGAGGACUGAGCAAGAGGCUGCAGAAGGGGAGGAAGCAACUUGGAGCCACUGAGCAAGAGGGACUGCCAAGCUUCCAGAUGCUGGGCCUCCUAGGGAACGUGACACUCGUGGGCUGGCUCACCUGUGCUGCAGUGGCUCUGCUGCUGCUGCUGCUGCUGCUGGCUACCUGUCUUUUCCAUGGACCACGAGACCAUGAUGUGGAGAGGAAUCGCCCAGCUGCAGGGGGAAACCGGGUCCGGCAAGCCCAACCUUGGUUCUUUCAGGGCCGGGGCCGGGGUCCCCUAAGAACCUUUCAUUCUCGCUAUCACCUGCAUCAUGUGUCUCAUGUGCCUAGAGCAGGCCUCCAUCACCAGCAGCCCCACCUGCAGCAUCACAGUCUCUUCCACCACCACCAUCAUCACCAUCACCAUGCUCAUACAGCCCGCCGCUGAUGCCCGUGGAUGACGGCUGCCUCUAUUCUGCCUGCUGUCUAUCAGUCAGACGAGUGAACACUGAUGUUUGUGUUUCUGGGGAGAAUGAUGGAUAUAUGGUCCUGGGCCCUGAUCAGACUUCAUUUGUAGACUACGCCGCCCUACUACAAAGCAGAGAACUGAGACCACCUGGGGUGACCCUGUGAACACUGUAGGGUUCAGAAGUGGGGAACAGGGUUGCCUGUACAUCCUACCUUGGUGGUUCCAUAGGUAACAAGCAUGUAUGGCAGAGCCUGCACAGAGUGCCUGGUCGCGAAGUGUUGAGUGCUGGAGACUUCUGGACCAUCAUGUGAGGUGAACAAUCCCCCAGGCUUUGCCCUGCUCAUGGGUCAGACCAUGUAUUUCUCCACAAGUCUUCCU